AUGGUGGAAAAGAUGGAGGUUUCUCCUCUAACUGCGGCAAUUCCUCCACACUCAUGUAAGACAAUUCCUCCUUCAUUGGGUUCCACCCAUGAUUUGAUGAAUCCUCCUCAUGCUCGCACUCCCCUUAAGAGGUUCACUAGUUUCAAUGACUUUCUAUAUUCGUUUGCUAAGCGCUACCAGACUAUUCAUGACCGUUCAAAGCAAGGCAUUUCUAAAUGGUCCAAGAAAAAUCUACUUCUAAGUGGUCCUAUGCUUCUUGUUAGUUAUGAAGCCCGAGUUUUUACUGAUCACCAGAUUUUGAAGUAUAUCUUUGAUCAACCCGAUGCUUUGAGUCGAAAGCCUUCAGAAAAUUUGGCUCAUAUUUCUGAGGUUGGUCGUAUGCCUAUAAUUCACGGAUGGCAUAAUAUUUUGGAUACAGAUCAUUGUUCUCAGAUUUCUCAGGGUGGCAACUUGUUAGCUCAUUUGCAUGUGCAACCUGUUUUCAUUGAUCAAAUUACAGUUUCACAAGUUCAAGAUCCACAAUUGAAACAAAUUAUGGAUGAGGUUCUUCAAAAUGGGAAUUCUGAUUUUGUGAAUGUUGAUGGGUUCUCAAAGGAAGCAUACAGGUCAACUUACAGUGUUCAUCCGAAUUCUACCAAGUUGCACCAUGAUUUUAAGGGUACGUAUUGGUGGAGCGGAAUGAAAAAGGACAUUGCAGCGUUUGUUUCUAAGUGUUUGACUUGCCUGCAGGGUAAUGAUUCUAUUUGGGUGAUAGUCGACAGUACGACCAAGUCAGCUCAUUUUCUUCCGAUUAAGAUUUCAUAUUUAGCUUCGAGAUUGGCACAAUUGUACAUCGAUAAGAUUGUCACCCUUCAUAUUGUACCAGUGUCGAUUGUUUCGGAUAGAGGUUCGCUUUUUACCUCUAGGUUUUGGAAGUCGUUACAUGAAUCUUUGGGUUCACGGUUGGAUUUUAGUACCACUUUUUCAUCUUUAGACUAA